ACACUGAUCUGUGAAUCAAAUUGGAAUUUGGUUGGAAAUUGGAAUUUGGAAUGGAAAUUGAUGGAAAAAUAAAAAAAAAUUGCUUCGUGUUGUGUUGUGUGUUUCAUUUCUAUUGUUUCCAAUUUUAAAACCUGGAUUUUUUUCAUUAAAUGAUAAGCAAAUAAGGGACAUUGAAAAUUUUUUACUAAUUCCUCAAAUCACAGUUCAUACUCCCGAGUUCACAAUAGUAUUUGAUUACAAUGUCAUUUAAUAAUUACGAAGAUCUCACUCGAAACGAAGUGGUUGAUUUGCUGCGGCAGUGGCGAGAAAACAACGAAAGGAAGGGCGAGGACAUCCUGACCCUAUUUGAAACAAUAAUACCAGUGUUAAAUAAAUUAGGCAGUGAGAAGUACCUGAUACUGGAGCAAGUUAUAUAUGCCGCUCUGGACUGCCACUACUAUGAGACAGCCAUGUGGUGGAUCAUGAUGCUAAAUGUGGAGUUCCCGGGCAGCAUGAGAGUCAUGCGCUACAAGGCUGCCUGCUUGGAGGCUGAGGAGAAGUAUGACGAGGCAUUGGAGAUACUGGACAAUAUAAUACAGUCAGACGACACCAACGCCGCGGCGAGGAAGCGACGCAUCUGCAUACUGAAGGCGCAAGGACUCGUCAACGAUGCUAUCAAGGCACUGGUUGAUUAUUUGAAGAUGUUUAUGUCUGACAUGGAGGCGUGGCAAGAGUUGUCGGAGCUAUACCUGCAAGUGCAGGAGUACUCCAAGGCCGCCUUCUGCGCCGAGGAGCUGAUCCUGCACCAGCCCCACAACCACCUUAUGCACCAGCGACUUGCUGAUAUACGCUACACUAUGGGAGGCAUAGAAAAUAUGGAGUUAGCCAAAUCCUAUUAUUGUCAAGCCUUGAAACUGAAUCCUGAGAAUAAAAGAGCAAAGCUGGGCUUAUUCUUGGUGACUAACGCGCUGGUGAGCCAGUACAAGGCGGCAGGCGGCGCGCGGCGCUCCGACGCGUGGCGCCUGGCACAGUGGGCCCAGCGCGGCGCUGCGCCCGACCUUUCCGCUGCUAUGCUGCAGCUCGCCAUCACCGACUAGACCGCUGGACCGAAGCCCCUCUUUCACGGUGGGCACUCAAGAGCCCGGAUCAUAUGGAUGACCAUUGUUAUAUUAUGAUACCGAUAGUCCAACGCGUCUACGCUCGCCUUGAAUGUCACAUACACUCGGAGAAGUGUAAUUAUGAACUAAUAUUUUGUGCCUAAACCUGUAACAAUUUUUCUGACCAAAGUUGGACUCAAUUGUAUGUAGAGGGGAUGAAAAGUUACAAUUUCAUCUGGUCACUGAUUCAGGCUAACCCAGUUAUUAAGGGCUGGGGUAUCAGUGUAAAAAAAUCCAAAUAAAUAUUCCUUCUUUUCGUAUUUAAAUUAUUAUUUAUCGGCAUACAUUAGAGUUGUUUUAUCUGUACAUAAAUCAAAUAGCAUUUAUUUGUAUGUAGCAUCUUCUAUCUGACGAACAUUAGGUAAACUCAAUGAGUGCCAAACACAGCUUCUUAGCAAUCAAUUCAAGUAGUCGCAUUUGCAAAUUCAACCUUAAUCUCAAUUCUUAAGGUUGAAUUUUCUCUGAAUUUGGGAUUUAAUUGAAUAUUGGACUAUAUUUAAAGGUUUUUAGGUAUAAUUUUCUUUACCAAUUAUUUAUAACUGUGAAAGCAAAAUUGACCCGCUUUUAGGUGAAAUGAUUGUGCGUUCUUUUAUUAUAAGAGGUCAAUGGUUGCAUAGUAUGGAAUCGAAAAAUAGAUUUUUUGGUUAUUGAACUUUACUAAUAACAGGUCCGAAAGUGCCGUUUUAUUCAUUUCACUAGAAACAUGUCAUCAGUAGGCCCAGUAUGCUUUAACGAUAUCUUUGAAAAAAAUAAAAUUAACAUGUUAAUCCGUUUUAAACAUUACAUUAAGUAUGUAAUGAGGCUGAGACCAGGGCUGCCACCUUUAGGGAAAAACAAUCGGGACGAUUGGGCCUCCGUCAGAGAUGUUCGAAGUUUGGUCCAAUCAAAAUAUGACCCAUUUGAGACAGAGUCUAAGGAAAAUUAAAUUUUAUUGUGUUUUUAUUUGUAUUUAUUUUAAAUAAUUAAUUUUUCCAUACGUAGUUUUUCUUGUUGUUACAACCCGCUUUUAAUAAUUCUACAUCAUUUUUGUAUUUAUUUAUGAAGUGAACAAGACAUUUGUGUAUGUUCAAAGGAAUUCUACUUUUAUCAAAUCUACCGAGCAAAGACGAAUGCGGUACAUGCGUCGCGCGGUAGAUGGCGCGGUGGCGCGUGACUGGAUUGAGUACCUGUGAAUGAAUUGGUUGAGCAUAUCGCAUGUUGUCAAAAAUCGGGACAAAAUCGAUAAGCCGUCGGGCCGUGGGACCACGUCUUCGAAAUCGGGACUGUCCCGGCUGAAUCGGGACGGGUAAACGAUUAAUUGGAAUGACACUCAUUCUAAUUCAAAUUUCUAAAAAACAUAGGUACUUGCAGCCGAACGUAGAACCUCGUCCUUUUUGGAAGUCAGUUAAAAACGUAUCAUAUGCAACUAAUAGCGACAGCAAAAGCAACUCUAAUUAUAUAAGUUAAUUAUUUUAUGUAAAUAUUACAAAAUAUAUUAAAGGUAAUAAAAAUAUAUUACACGACAUGGUUA